AUGCCGGCUAUUCCAAAGGAAAAUGUUCAGGCUUCAACCCGCCUCAAAGAUCCCACCCAUGCUAAACAGCAUUUCUUCGAUGUCGACUCUUCCGAGUCGAUUGCGACCCCUGCGACUAAGAAGCGCAAGAGGGAUGGAUCUAGGAGCAUGAGUUCCUCAAUGGAGACCAUAUCCCCAGGGUUGAUCCACUCCAACACCUCCAAGACUUCGCACAAGCGCUCGCCCAAGGAAGCCAAGAGAGACAACAGUGCAACCAAGUCUGCCAUGUCGCGUGAGAUGCAGCAGUGUACAUCUCCCGAGCCCACUGGGCUCGAACUCCCGCCUAAGCCGUCGUCGGAGCAGAAGGCCGUGAAUGACAAUGUCUCUACCAACACGAACCCAUUUGGACUCGCAGGCCUUCCGCCUUCAGAGUUCGUCUUCCCCCGCGACGUGGAUUUGGGUCUAUUCGACUACCCGUCCGACGAGAGGGAGACCUCGUACGAGCUAGAGCCAGUCUCCGAAUGUCUGCCCGAACAGCGUGACGAAGUUCCCACUCCGUACACCCCGGUCUUGCGCGCGGUGUCGCAGUACAACCAGCGCAUCUGGAGCCAGUGUGGGGCCAAAUGUGAGACUUGGCUGGCGCGUCAGAUGUACUAUGAGCUGGAUGACAUCUCUAUUCGCAUUGAAGACAUUAUGCGUGGGAUUAGGGCGAUGCUGGAGAUGAGGGGGCCGAGUGAUGAUUUUGACGGUCUUGGUGAACAUCAUUUUGAAGCUGAGGAGUCCCAUGGUUCAUUCAAGGGUGGUGGUCCUGAGGAUCCGUGGGAAUUGAGCGAUGAGGAUGAUAGUGCACUCUUUGUGAGCGGCACUGAUGAACUCUCCAGCUCUGAUGAGUUUAGCGGCUUCUCUGGGGAUGAAUAG